GAAUAAAGUACAACCGUAAAGUACAAUUUCCGGCUUCCAGUUUCGCGUCGUUAUUCAACGUGGAAGACUUUCAUAGACUGUCCAGGGCAGAGGUGGAAGGAUAGCCUUGUGGUUAAAGCAUUCGCUCAUCACUCUAAAACACCCUGGUUCGAUUCCCCACAUGGCUCGAUUCCCAACAAUGUGUGAAGCCCAUUUCUGGUGUCCCCUGUCGUGAUAUUGCAACAAUACUUCUAGAAAGGGUGUAAAACCAAACUCUCUCAGACCACAGUUGACUCUUCACAACAUACUGAACCAUGAGAAUAGGCAAAAGAAAAGUCCGACUGAGCCAGCCCAAGACAGAACUGAGAAGUCAAUCAUGGCGCAGAAGGGGAACCAGAGACAAACAAGAACAGACAGUGGUACAGUUAAGAUGGACAAAUCAGUAGUCACAUCAGUUGACACUAGAGGACAAGACAGAGCUGAAGCUCUUGUCAGUGUAAAGAAUGAAAGCCAUGCCUGUGAGUUCUGUUUUGAGACUUUUACAGGUAAAAAUGAAUUUGAAAGCCACAUGCUGCUUCAUUUGCCCUUCGGCGACCGUCCUUUCCGGUGUGAGACUUGUGGCAAGACCUUUAAGGAGUCAUACCAGCUCAAAGAACACAUGAACACCCAUCUCAUAGAAAGGCCCUACAGAUGUCAUCUAUGUGGGAAGUGUCUUUCGGCCAAGAAAACCUUGAAGAGCCACAUAGCUAAUCAUACAGGUAACAAGAAGCACAGCUGUACCAUUUGUGAGAAGACCUUCUUCUAUGCUGGUGGGCUGAAGGAGCACAUGGCUGUACACAGCUCAGAGAAGUCACAUAUGUGUGAAAUUUGUGGGAAAAGCUUCGCGAAGAAGUCUGCUCUUGGACAUCACCAACUGGUUCAUACAGAUGUCCGUCCAUUCAAGUGUGAGAUGUGUGAGAAGAUGUUCCGCCUAGCAUGUGACCUCAAAGUACACAUGAGGUACCACAGAGGGGAACAGCCUUUUGAGUGUGAGCAGUGCGGGAAGACGUUCUACCGGGCUCAGUAUUUGAAAAAGCAUUUGUUGGUCCACGAGAAGAAGAGGAAGAUAUCCACACAGCAUGAGACUGUUGCAAAGUGUGUUGAUUCAGACAGUGGUCAUGCGAGAAAAGGUUCUUCAGAUGUUGUGUUGAAGCAGGUGGUUGAGACACCUUACAUUGAUCCUGAAGAAGACGAUGGAGGUGAUCGUGGUGAGUGUGACAGUGAUGAUGGAUGUAGUGAUGAUUUUAUUGGCUAUCCUCGAAGUGAAGAAACUCAUCCUGAAAGCCAGCAAGACAAGGCUGAUCAAGGGAGUGGAGAACAUGACAGGUAUAUAUCUGUGAUGAAGGAAGUUCCUGUACAACCAGUUGAUGGUGCUGGUGAGAUGGAGGAUAUCAGUGUUGCGGUCUCUGCAGGAGACUCAUCUGAGGAAGGAACCCACCAUCAAGUGUUGAACCUGGUUGAAUUUCAUGAUUCUGGAAAGUCUCUGCUCGAGCACAAUAUCAUCCGGGAUGUUGUUCGGGAUGUGAGCUGUCAGUAUAGCGGUGAAGAAAAACAAUUACACUGCAAACAUACAGCUCUGCAACAGGAGAGUCAACAUGAAACUAUGCCAAACAUCCUUGUGCAAAGUAAUUCUGAUACAAUAUUCAUCACCGCAACCGAAAAUCACAAAACUGUGUCAGGCGUGCCAAGUGAUUUGGACACAUUAGUGAUCACUACAGCCAAAUAUCAACCCAAAACUUUGCCAAACAUGCAAAUGCCAAGUGAUUUGGACACAGUGGUGAUCACUACAGUCCCAAACCACAUACCUCCACCAGAACUUUCAAAGCCGGAUGAUUCAGACACCAAGUUGAUGACAGAAUCUCAUCCAGGUCAGGGCACUCCUGAAAUCAGGUCUGAGGAAAAAUGUCAUGUUUGUGAUACAUGCGGCAAAGGCUUUGGUCUACAUGACUUAAAAGUUCACAAGUGUGAAAGAUGUAAAACAGCAUUUGAGCCUCUUAUUGAAGAUGGUGUGUUACAAGAUGACACGUCUGAUGAAGACAAAAGCUUGACAAGUUUGGAAGUGAUUAACAAAAGCAUUGAAAGAACUGACAGUAAUGAUGAUGACAAAAGUGCUAAACUAAACAGUAACAAGUCUGGAUCAGAUAUCAGGAAGGAGAACCAAAACAAGAAGGAACAGAUUAUGUGCAGUGUUUGCGGAAAAAUGUUUCGUUUUCCUGUCCAUUUGAAGAAGCAUAUGAUUGCCCACACAGAGAACAGACCGUUUCAGUGUCCACAUUGUGAUAAGAACUUCAAAACCCCAAUGGCACUGAACCUACACAGUCGUGUCCACACAAAAGAAAAACCAUAUGCCUGUAAUAUUUGUGGAAUCUGCUUUGCCCAGAAGAGUACUCGGAAUCUACAUAAGAACACAGUCCACCUGGGCCUACGACCUUUCAAGUGUAAUGUAUGUGGCAAGACAUACGGUCGUCGGAGUCACCUGAUCGAACAUCGGCAGUCACAUGUCGGGUUCGGUCCUACACAUAAAUCUUCUUAUUGUAAACUUUGUGAAAAGUCCAUCAGCAAUCAUGCCAUGAAGGAGCAUAUGAGAAAACACUCGGGAGAACGACCUCUUAAAUGUCUUUACUGCGACAAGACGUUUGCCUGGGCGAGAGCGCAUAGAAGGCACAUGAAAACCCAUUCGGGAUGA